AUGUCAUGGAGCCCUCCAAGGACAAGGCCCAAUGAGGCCCGAACCUUCAACCGCUAUUGGUGCUACCAAUGCCAUCGGCCCGUCCGAAUCGCGUCCCGCAGGCCCCACGAAAAUGAGCCCAUAUGCCCCCGUUGCUUCGGCACCUUCCUCAACGAAAUCGACCCCUCGAACACGAGAUCCAUCUUCGAGUUCACCGCCUUCGACCCUUCCCCCGAGGCCCGAAUCUUCGAGGCCCUCACCCUCAUGAUCGGGCUUCCGCCCGGCCUACGCAACCCACCCGUCGAUAACGACUCUAACCGAGGCCCGAAUCCGGCCCAUAAUCGGGCCCACAGAAGAUCGAGAAGGAGAUCCAAUCCGUUUUAUGACGACACAGACGGCUGGGAUUCCGAGAGCGGAAUCUUUUCCCGCCCACGACCACGACCCGAAACCUGGGUCAUCAUCCGGCGUACUGGGCCGAACCAGCCUCCAGGAGGAAGUCUGGGCCCACCGGGCCCAGACUACUUUGACGGGCCGGGCCUGCACGAGCUGAUCGAGGAGCUGACCCAGAACGACAGGCCCGGCCCGCCGCCUGCGUCGGAAUCGGCGAUCGAGGCCAUCUCGACGGUCAAGAUCUCGUCGACCCAUCUGGGGCCCGACCCAGAGUGCCCCGUGUGCAAGGAAGAGUUCAAAGUCGGGACGGAAGCUCGAGAGCUCCCGUGCAAGCACAUCUACCACUCCGAGUGCAUCGUCCCGUGGCUGAGGCUCCACAACACGUGCCCCGUCUGCCGACACGAGGUGGCGGCGGCGGCGGCGGGCCCACGCGAGAGUCGAGAAAUUAGGAAUGACGAGACGCGCGGGCCCCGCAGGGGGCUCCGCCAGCUGGCGAAUUCGCUUCGUCCCGGUGAGAACUGA